AUGAAAAGUCGCGAUACGGUGUCCACGGCGAGUGGUACCGCUUCGCCACCCAAGACAACGAUUGCGCCCAAAAAGGAUUAUUUUCAUGUUGAAGGUUUGAUCAAAAUACGAAACAAAGUGUUACUACAAAGGGAUAUCAAAUUUUCAAGAAAAAAAUGAAAAUCAUCAUCGUAUUGUUCAUAUCUAAUUAUUUUUCUCUUUACAGCCAACAUACAAAAUGAGUUUGGAGUUUGCGGAUGGAUUCUCACCAUUCUCUCGUACCUCCUGAUCUUCUUCACGCUUCCGAUUUCGGCAUGCAUGUGCAUAAAGGUACAAACUGAUUACAAUAAUAACACCAAAGAAAUUUGAAUUUCAGGUCGUUCAAGAGUAUGAAAGAGCAGUUAUCUUCCGUCUCGGUCGUCUUAUGCCCGGUGGUGCCAAGGGACCAGGUAAGGAAGAAAACGUCUGGAAAAGGGUAAAAUGUUAACUUUUAGGUAUCUUCUUCAUUGUCCCGUGCAUCGAUACCUACCGCAAAGUGGACCUCCGUGUGCUCUCUUUUGAAGUUCCACCCCAGGAGAUUCUGUCCAAGGACUCUGUGACUGUGGCUGUCGACGCCGUCGUCUACUUCCGUAUCUCCAAUGCAACUAUUUCGGUAAUUCUAAUAUUCAAUGCAUUCAAAAGCAGCACUUUCUUGCCAGGUCACCAACGUUGAAGAUGCCGCUCGCUCCACCAAACUUUUGGCCCAGACCACCCUCCGUAACAUUCUCGGAACCAAGACUCUCGCUGAAAUGUUGUCUGACAGAGAGGCAAUCUCUCACCAAAUGCAGGUAGCGGGAAGAUUGCAACAAAAAAAUCAGAACUUUUACGUUGACAGACCACUUUGGACGAAGCCACCGAGCCGUGGGGAGUGAAAGUCGAGAGAGUCGAAGUGAAGGAUGUUCGUCUGCCGGUCCAACUCCAAAGGGCCAUGGCUGCUGAAGCUGAGGCUGCUCGUGAAGCCAGAGCAAAGGUGGGUUCAUGGCAACUACCUCAGUAGGCUGAGAACACUGAUAUUCCAGGUUAUUGUUGCCGAAGGAGAACAAAAAGCGUCGAGAGCAUUGAAAGAAGCGGCUGAGGUUAUUGCUGAGAGCCCAUCUGCCCUCCAAUUGCGUUAUUUACAAACACUGAACAGCAUCUCGUACGGUUCCAUUGACCUUUUUAUCAUUUAUUUAUAAUUCCAUUUUCAGUGCCGAAAAGAAUUCGACCAUCAUUUUCCCAUUCCCGAUUGACCUUCUCAGUGCAUUCCUUCAAAGAACCCCACCAAAAGUGUAAGUUUCUACAUGAAUCCACACGCUUCCUUCCAGACGUCACAUCCAUUCACUUGUUAAUUGCAGUGACAAUAAUUUCGCAUUUCCAACGCAAAAAGCUGCACAACCGUCUUCCUCUUGAAUUCACGCUUCACACAUGUGUGGAUAAACAAUUGCUUUUUCAAUUUUCCUGUCAUUUUUGAAUGUAUUCUCGAGCUUUGUCACCAAAUCCCUCCAGCUAUGAAUGAUAUCCUUUGAGUGUUCCAAGUGCACACUGGUACCAAUAGUUUCGAAAAUCCAAUCAACUUCAUAAUCUCUGGCAGAGCUAGUCAUCUCGGUGAGCCUCUCUCCACCACUACUUACUUUUCCCUGUCCUUUUAAACAUGACUGUCCAAUUUCCCUCCCUUUAACUGUAACAUUUCAUAUUCCUAAAAUGUGAUAUGGUCCUACUUCCUAUUUCUUCUCUCUCUCUCUCACGCUCUCUCUCUCUCUCUAUCUUCCAAUAUACCCCGCUCGGCUUCGUCUCUCAUCACAAAAUCUUUGACACAAAACGCCACUCCAGAUGUAUAUUUUUGACAAUGUAGAGUUGCCACCAUGUAUUUUUACGCCAGCACAUACAUUUUGCAAAUGAACAUUUCAUAUCAUUGAUCACUGUUUUGGCUUGGAUGUUAAUGUGUAACGCGACACCACUGCCAAGUAUUAUGUGUUUCACUGCCACGGACUGAGUGUGUCGCUUCGUCUUUGGACACUCGCGAUUUGAAGAAAAUGAAAUUGGAAACUACUCGACUCCUUGGGUCUCCAAUACAAACAAAGAAAUCCCAUUGGUGAAGGGAGAAAAGCUUGAACACUUUUUAUCUGCAGAUUUAUAAUGAAUUUGGUUAAGUGAGGAACCGCCUGCUCUACCGAAGAAGAUCAGAUCAUGUUGCUUGUACAAGUACCCGGAUUGGGUGCAGGGAAUGGUCGGAGGCGAAGGAGGAGGUGGACAUGGUCAUUCUCACGGCGGAGGAUCUUCUCAGGUGAGGGCAAAAGGUACGCGUAGAACAACAUCCGCCAGAAACAAGAGUCGAGUUUCCGGUGCAUAUCUUUCAGGGAGCAUUCCAUCCAUCUCAAGUCGGUUCCGGCCCGAGCAUCACAACCACCAGUGGCCGUCCGCUGCUCCGCAGGUAAUAAAACAGAUCGCACGGUUCGAGAAUCGUUUAGAUAGCUGUAAAACAGCUCAUUCGACCCUUUAAACAUGCACCAUAUGCUUUCGAACAUUUGCCGCAUACUUUUUCCAUUGCUUUAUUGUAUGCAAACGCAAACGCGCUGGGAGGGCUCAAGAACAAGAGCAAAAGCUUCAAAUCCUGUUACAUAAUAUCUACAUAAAAAAGAGAGAGAAAGAGAGAAGGGAGAAAGAGAAGAAGAAGAAGAAGUCAAUUUCAAAUAUUCACAAUCACUGCCUUCUGUCUUCUUUUCUUUUCUUCCACCGCUCAACAGCUGACACCGUGAAGAGUGCGAAAAAGAACACGGAGCCUCGUCUGAUUUCCCGCUAUUUUUCAAAUCUUUUUCACACACACACACACACACACAGAUACGCUCAUGAUAUAUAGUGUACUUUUUGCGGUAGACCCAUUAUUUAAUCCAGAGAAAACAUUAUGAAUCUGUGCUGCAAAUUUGUUGCCGGGGUCUACACACCCACUAUUCGUGAUAUUCCUAUUAGUAAGGAUGAACAGUUUUGGUCAGUUUUGAGACUUUUAAUUAAAUUAUUUUGUGUCUGAGCAAAAACUGAAAUGUAAAUUUUAUCCUUACAGCAUGCGAGAAGCGCAGUUUCACUCCGCAGCACCGCCGAUCUCAGCUCCAAGUCAGUCCCAAACAUCAGCGAGUCAGUUGGACCCAGGUGAGCUGAAAUCCUCAAAUUUCUUGUUCUCAAAAACAAAAGCCUUGUGAGCACUCCAGCAUCGCAUCACUUUUCGAUAUAAUGAUCCAUUCAUCACCCACUCGCACCCAUCACUUUCUCAAAAGUCGUUCCACAGAGCAUGUGUUCAGGUUUGCGGCCCGGCCAACAAUCGCGCCGAACCAGCAAAGCGGUCGGCACCGGAGCUAAUUCACUGCUCAAACAAGCGAUCGCCAACCGAAUGAUGCCGCAGAUGCACCCUUCCACGGUCGACGCAGAACCUUCUUCUUCAGCCACCUCUCCGACGACACAGCCUGCCAAAAUUCACAAAACGGAUUCGAGUGAAAUGUCAAAGAGUGUGCUUUUGAAUCCUGCUUGGUAUCGUGAUGAUCAAGGAAGAACGGGAUAUAAAACGUCUGAUUGGGAGAAAGUUUCAAAUAAGCAGAAGAAUGUGGUGAAAGAGGGGAAGAAGAAGCGGAAAGAAUCCACGGAUGACAGUGCCAUCAUCAAGGAGCUCGAUACGGAUCUUCUAAGUGAGACGAGUGGAAGCGAUAACAAGUCUGUGGAUUCUGUACUGUCUGAUCCGAAACUGGAGAAAAAAGCGGCAAAAGCUUUGGAGAAGGAAAUGAAGAAGCGUGAGAAGGAGCAGAAGAAGUUGGAGAAGGCCCAGAAGAAGAAGGAAGCAGAAGAAGAAAAAAGGCUGAAGAAGAAGAAAGGAAGCUCGGCGAAUGUUUCUGAAAUUGGCGAGCAUGAGUCUGUGGAGAUGAAAACUGUGGAGAAGAAAAAGGAGAAGGCAGAAGCAACCAUCACCUUGACGUUAGUGUCCAAAGAAUCCAAAGAGAAAAAGAACAAGGUUCAUGAUGGGUCGGAGAAGGAAAAGGAAAGGGACUCUGGAAACUCCAAAGAUAAACACCAAAAACGGACAAAGGAGGAAGAGAAAGAGAUGGAGUCAAAAACAGAAAGACGCCCACCACCCAACGCAACUCAUUCUUCAAUAAGGAAACUGAAGACAGAGUCAACCAAGAAAAGUGGGCAUGGCGAGCCCAGAAGAAAUACUAUUGGCGACCGGAGAGACUCCAGCAUGUCCGAACUGUCGCGCGGAUCAUUCAAAUCCGUCACUUUCAACGACCGUGUCCAGACUCAUGAGAUCGAGAGGAACAGCAGCGUCUAUACUUCGAGUGAGGACGAUGCGGCCAUCAUGAGCGACGACGAAAUGUCAAAACCAAGUCAGGCUCGUAUGAGAAAAAAGUUAGUAUUGCUGACAGGUGGACAAACGCAUCAGCAGGAGGUCGAGGACAUUUACGAUGACGAAGACUUGGAUGACUUCGAAGAGCAGGAGAGAUUGGCACUGUUAGCUGCUCAAGGAUACGACGUGCGAAAGGAGAUGCAGUUUAGAAGGACUGCUGGACAGGAAGAUGAAGACUAUGAAGAUGAAUCGGAAGAAGACGAAGAAGGAGAAGAUGAGGAUGAUGAGACUGUCUCACAGAACAGCUACUAUGCAGAGGACGUGGAAGGCGCCGAUAUCUAUUUGAAGAACGAGCACAGUUUUCUGGAAACUGAUAUGCAACAGGGACAAAGUCAGCAAAUGAGGAAUAUGGCUGCAUACGAGAUGUUCGACCGUACCAUGCAAGGUUCGAUGAGCAAGUUGCAUGGAGAAGAUUCGAAAUCCAAUAGUCUUCUGUUCGGAUACAAUUUGCCAAGAUCUGCCAGCGGAUAUUUCGAGCCUCCACCAGAUGGCCACAUGAAUUUUUCUUACGAGGAGGCAAUUCUGAACCGUCAAGCAUUCCAACAACAACAGCUGCUUCAACAACUCGGAAAAUUGCCGAUGCAAUCGCCACAGCUUCAACGAGAAGUUCCAGGAAUUCAUAAGCUGAGCCCAUCGGGAGGAUCAUUGCGACAAACUGCAACUCAACGAAGUUUGUACGAGAAUGUGACACCCGGAGACGUACCGUCCCAACCGCAGUCUUUGAUCAUCCCAGGAUCACCAUCUCAGAGAAAUCAAACUGCAAGACAUGAAUUCUUCACCCAGACUCCCUCAAAUGUGGUUUCCAAAACAAUAAUGGCGGCAUCAAGUGACGGAUUCAGUCAAGGAAGCACUGAUUCAAACGCGACGAUUCAAGUGGAAGAUGAGAUGAAAAAGAAGUUUGUGGCCAGGUUCGGAGCACGGAAAGCUCCAAUCGCAAGGGAAGAAGAUCCGGCCGAUCCGCAUCAUGUGAUGGGCAGCCAAGAAAGUAUGAAUUCGACAGACUCGCGCGAGUCCGUCGUCUCCGCCGCGUCUAUCAAAGCGGAAGUGUUGGCUCGCCGCAACUUCAACUACUAA